AUGAAUAGGGACAAUUGCAACCUCAAGUCCGAGGUCAUUGCUCAUUUCAUCAAGGCACAAAUUGUGAUAUCACCAGAAUUGCCUCUUGCUACCAUAAUUGGGGUUGUGAAGGAGAAGUUUCAAUUCACUAUAUCAUAUAAGAAAGCGUGGCUUGCAAAGACGAAAGCAGUUGCAAUGGCAUUUAAACCUGCAAUAGAAGGCUUCAAGUAUUGUCGUCCAGUGAUAUGCAUUGACGGCACACACUUGUACGGGAAAUACGAAGGGAAGAUUGUUGCGGCCACUGCAGUGACUGCUGCGGACAAGAUUGUACCUCUUGCCUUUGCCGUUGUUGACAAGGAGAUGAUCGAGAGUUGGGUUCAACCAAGAGGGUACCAUAGGUAUUGCUUGCGACACAUAUGUAGCAAUUUCAAUGAAAGAUUCGGCAAUACAGUAGCGAAGGAUCUUGUGUGGAGAGCUGGUUCUGCACGACAAGUGCGGAAGUUUAACAAGAUUAUGGACGAUAUCUACAAGCUCGAGAAGAAUGCUGAACAAUGGUUUAGACGGAUGAACCCUAUUCAUUGGACAUUGUGCCAUGAUGGUGGUUGUCGUUGGGGCAUAUUGAUGACAAACCAUAUAGAGGGCUUCAAUGGUGUACUAAAAGGCACACGCAGUGUUCCCAUUAUAGCAUCAGUUGAGAUAACUUUUUAUCGACUCGUGAAAUAUUUUGACGAGGGCAGGACCAUUGUUGAAAAUGCGAGUAAUCGGGGUCACUUGUACACGACUAAUGUUCAACGAUGGAUUGACGAGCACCAAGCUAAAGCGAAUGUGCAUAUGUUGGUACCGAUUAAUAGGUAA